UUUUUGACACAUUUCAAAACUAAAACACUCAUAUAUAUAUACAUAAAUAUAUUAAUUGUGUAUUUAGGAGAAAGCAGAUGGAACUCAGAUGCUGCCCACCUACCAGCGUCUCAGUGACCCGAAGAGCGUCUACUUCCGGCUCCCCUUUCCCUGGGUGGCCAUAAUUUCCGUCACCUUGUCCCUGGUAGGCUUUUUCUUCGGCGUGACCUGGUCGCUGGUCUUUGACUUUGAACGGAGCACCUAUACCAAUUGCCAUGUGACCAACUAUCUGCCCUCCAUAUCGGCGGCCAUUGGGAGCUACGAGCCUCAGCGAACGGUUUGGCAAGUGGCCAUCUUUCUGCACUUUCCGCUCCGGCUGGUGUUGGCCAAGGCGUACCUGGAGCAUUUUUUCAAGGACUUUAGACGCAGCAGGCAAUUGCUGGGUUUCCUGGCCUAUUUCCUCAACGUAGUGGAGGUCCUUGCCCUGGUCUGUCUCUCCUUUUGGUCGUCGUCGACUUCCUACAAGACGCAUCGGAACGCUUUUUUGUUAUUCAUUGCCUGCUCUGAGUCCUACAUGCUAAUCUCUUACCUCUUGUUUAGGAAUGCUGCGGGGGUAGGACUACUGUCGCUUGAGGCAAAAUCACUGAGGUACAAGCGGAACCUAUUUUUGGUUAAUGUAUUGUCCUUUGGCCUGGCGGGAUACUGCUUCGUUAGGCAUAAUUCCCACUGCGAGAAGGGAAUCUACACCUUCUUUGCCUUGUUCGAGUACGUCGUGGUGCUGACCAACAUGGGUUACCACACAAUCGCCUCCUGGGACUUUCCCAAUCUCAGCUUGGUGUGUGACAACCAGCAUGGCCUUUACCUAUCACAAGUUUAAGGAUGUAAUCACAAGCUUAAAGUAUUAAAUUAAAGUCUAAGCUAAAUGUA